AUGCAGCAACAAACCCAGAGCCACGGUCAGAACGAAAUAGAAGCUCUCAGGCAAGAAGCUGAAGUACUCAAGGCGCAGAUCAGGGUAAGUAUAUACAUAGUUGCUACAUAACAACACCGCAAGUGGGUGAAACAUCGAAGGCAGAGAUGACAAAGUUUGAUCGCUUUCGAAAAUGUGGUAUUUACGCUGUAUACAAUCAUAAACCGCUCGGUCUUGCCCAAAUGCGAGCAUAUUUUCGAAAUAUGUCGCAUUUUGGUCUUUUACAUGUACACUGUGUCUUUUUAACGCCGUUUUGUUGUCGGUGAUCGCGAAAUCGUUCGUCGUUGGUGGGGGUCGCCAUUAGAUGUCUCCAUCGAAUGCCACGCGAUCUAUGCCAGUGUAUGCAGUAUUGUUUCACCGAAAUAUAGAUUAGAAUUCUAAUAUUGUUCCAAGUUAAAGAAUUUGUGCCUUUUCGCGCUGUAUUGAUUCGAUUUAACUCGUAAAAGCUCGGUAUAUUCCAAGCAAGUUAUUCUUGCUGUGUGUUUAUUGUUAGCCGGGAGCAGUUUUCAAUAUCCCUAAAGAAUAUUGUAUUCAUUAAGCUUAUAGCUUAUGCCGCAACAGAAGGAAGGAAAGUAUGCUUGUGAUACAACUUAAACGCUGUCUGUGAGAGUCUGUUAUCACGAUGAGCUGAUAAAGUGGACUAAAAAUUCGAAUAUGUGGAUCAAGGUCGAAAUUUUACUGUAGCUAAUCUGCCAUGACAAGUUAGCAUCGUCGCAGUAGAAACUCGAUUGCAGCUUGAUCAUUAAAAAAAUGGCAAAGCUAAUGUUGUCGAAAGCAACGUCAGGAAAAUUAGAUUUGCUUAUUCAGACCGGUUUCGAACCUCGUUAAUUUCGUUAAGGCUUAGUUUGGCCUGGACUUGGUCAAGGAAGGUUAAAACAUGUGCUUAAAAUCGAUUACGGUGCGAUAUUUCGUGGUCCAGGUUGUUGAGUUUGUGUCGCUCGCUCCUUGAUUACAAUAUCUUUUUGCGUUAUAGUUGGUGGCGUUUAAAACGAUCAGAGGAAGAAGAAGUUUUGCCUUGGGUGUUAAAAUAAUUUCUGUAUCUGAAGCGAUUCCCUCACGCGCGAAAGUGUUUUUUUUUUUACAUCCUCGAGACGUUCGAAAUUGAAAGCUCGUUCCUUUUGUGUUCGCUCUAGAUGAACGAAACGGAAGCAAGUUAUAAUGGAUAGUCGUAUCCUUUCUUACUGCUUGUGGAAUAGCAUCUAUCUCUUCGUUAAACUAUAGCACAGCUGAAUUAAAAACGAUUCUUGGGAGCUUAGUGUAGGAAGGCAAGAAAACAGAACAAACACUUUUUCUUUCAAAGAUCAAAUGGCUUUUAUAAGUUUGUCCCCAAUUUGUGACGGAUAAUCUUGCGUUCAUGAAUCAUGACGCGAUUUUCUCCUCUCCAAAGGUGUGUCCGUGGUUUUUACUCAUCGUUUCUCUGGUUGUAUCCUAGGAAUUAAAAAUUCUUCGUUUGUUAACGUCUGUAGCUUGUAUAUGUUCUUCAAGGUCUUUUAUGAUUAACGCAAACAGUUGUGUUUUUUUUAUCUGAAAUAAACAAUGCAGCUUUGGUAUGAACUUCCAGCUCGCUGUUCCUUCUAAAAAGACAAAAUUGCUUUUUACAGAGUUCCUUUUUUUCUUCUGUUAAGUUAUGAUUUGACUGGUGUGGUAUCUUGCACUGUGUAAACCAUGAUGUGAGAUAUUUUUGCAUGAUAUUGGGUACUCAUUGCUCUUAUAGCCUGAACGAGGUUUGUUAGAUCCGUUGAAGACCUGGAGUUCCGUGUUAUGUGCUUACCGUAUUUCCUCUUAACAGAAAUCAGUUUCAUGUUAACUAAAGUGGAAGAAUUAUUUUGACCAAAAAAACAAGUUUUUUGGCCUAGGAAAGGAAAUUUUGAUCGCAUGUUUCAAUUGGUGGUAACACAUAGCAGUCCAUUGGCUACAAACAUAUCAAUGGGGAAGUGUUGCUAUUAUUCGUGACAAAGCAAAAUUCAUGUGACUUACUUACUGUUCACAUGUUUUAAGGCUUAUACUUGUUAAAAAUCUCUAUUUUUUUAGACAACCGUUUGAAGAUUUGAACUGGGUUACAUAAUGUUAUCUUGGUGAUGCUUGAAAUAUAUAUGGGUAGAAUGGCUCUCGUAACAGUGUUACCCUUCAUUUGAUGUUUUGUUCUUGUCCUUCAGAUUUUACCAGAUUAGUUUAUUUGAUAUACAAUGUUGUAGCAAUGGGGUGUUCAGUAUACUGAUUUGUGUCUUUGUGAAAUGUUGACUUUGAGAGUUGUAGCUUGCUGAAAUCUUUAUGUUGAGCCUGAUUGUCAGUUUGAUCUGUAUCUUCACCCAUUUUGGGUGGAUGUGAGGUGACUCAAUUUGGCUAUUAGUGGUGUGUAAGAAACAGAGUUUGAUGUAGGCCCUCUUGAAGGCUCUCAAGAUAGCAAAAUUAAAUUGUAGCCAUGGAAAUGUCUAGUUUGCCAAAGGAAAUGUUGAGCAAUUUAAAGAGGCCAGUUUUGUUUUUUGAGCAGAGAAGUCUGGCCACCAUUGCAUUUAUGCACGUUUGUGUACCUUUGUUAUUCACUGGGAUUUUGUCAGGAGUGGGGCACAUUUUUGUUUGGUGUAACUGUGUAAUAGCCACCCAGGUGACACUUCAGCCUUUGUUUAUCUAGAAGAGUGACUCUCAAUUAAUAUUUUGGGGCUUUAUGCGAUAAAUCCUUACAAAGAAGGUGGAUUUUACAUAAUCGUCCUGGUCAACGGGAUAAUUUCCAAUGCAUACUUUUGUAGUGUGCAAACUUCACUGACUUAACUUUAUAAUGUGUUAACUUUUGUAUUUACAGGAUGCAAGAAAGGCAGUAUGUGACACAUCACUGGCGCAAGUAAGUUUAGGACGAUAUUGGCUUCAUUGCAGUUUAAAAAGCAGGAUGCUAGAAAAAAUGCUGGUCAUUGUUGUGGAGGAGGCAAAUAAUGAAUGUAACAGUGCCUAGUGAUAUAAAAUAGACAUUUCCGCUGCCUUUUGAUAUGCACAUACAUAAUUAAUUGUCGGUAUAACCUGAUGGAAAUUGUCUCAAGUAGUUGUUUGUAAAUCCGUCAUAAUUGGUUCAAACACAUUGUCCGCCUAUAUCCCUUGGUGAGUUUUACCCACAGACAUGACAGAGCUUUGUGAAAGUUAUGACUAAGGUCUACAGUCGACUCUUUCUUAACGGAUACAGUCUAACUUCUCCUUACGGACACCUCUAUAAUACGGACACCUCUCUUACAGACAGUUUGUUUGGUCCCAGAAAGAACAAAAAUCUUACAUUCGCUACCUCUAUAAUACGAACACUUCUGUGAAGUGGACACUUGGUUCUGUCCCUUUGGUGUGAAUAUUAAAGAGGUUUGACUGUACCUCUUUUAGACAAAGGCCUGGUAUUGGUGCCUGUCGCUUUUCAUUCGUUUUAUUGUAACUAUGCUCUCCGUAAGGCGGACACUAGAUUCUUUUGAAACCGUCAACGGACACUAAAGAAUUGCUUUAUUCAGUGAAAAAUACCUCUAAAUGGAAAUAUAGGUGCUUUACGCAAUAGUAAAUUAUGCUAUUAGACCACAAAGCCUUGAAUGUUUGCUUGUAAUGAAUGUUUGAUUGCAUAAUGUUACAGUGUUCCAGUUUUAGCUGUUUUGCAUAAGUUAACAGACAUGCAUUCAUCGCAAGUGGGUUCAGCUUAAGUUUUUACUGGUGUCACUUUACCGUGUCUCUCUAGAAACCGGACACCUCUCUAAGACGGACAGUUGCGUCAAUGCUGAAGAUGUCCGACUUAUAGAGAGUUGACUGUAGUGCUUAAUUUAAUAACUUUGUCAUAGUAAAGUGCUUUUAUUUAUCUUCCAGGUAACACACAAUGUCGAACCUGUCGGCAGAAUACAGAUGAGAACUAGGAGAACACUCCGAGGUCACUUGGCAAAAAUAUAUGCUAUGCACUGGGCAACCGACUCAAGGUAGGUGGCUGUUGGCUUGGUGAUGUGCGAGUUUUCAUCUUGGAAAUGUUUUCUGUAGUGUCAGAACCGAUUUCUGUUGACCCAAACUUUUUUUUUUCAUUUCAGAAAUUUAGUAAGCGCUUCUCAAGAUGGAAAACUUAUUGUAUGGGAUUCUUAUACGACAAACAAGGUAUUUGUAAUGAUUUUGUCCAACAUACUAAGCUGCUGAAAAAUGCAGCAAUAAAUAGAUUUAGUUUAAAAUUAUGGUAGUGGCUGUCAGGAUUGAGCUUGUGUUAAUUCAGUUGGGCUUAUUAACUUUCUUCGACUGAAAAGGGGGGCUUAUCAGAGGAUUUACAUUAGUUUCAGAUGUGAACUGAUAAUUAUGGCUUUCCUUCCCUCCCCCAGGUUCAUGCGAUACCUCUUCGAUCCAGCUGGGUAAUGACCUGUGCUUAUGCACCGUCUGGAAAUUAUGUAGCAUGUGGUAAGUUUGUGUUCUUUUUUGGGGGGGAGACAUUUUUAAAGCUCACAAUUCUUGAUUCAACUGAUCUAUGGACCAAAAUCAGUUAGAAAAAGUUUCCUGUCGCAUACAUUUCAAGCCAUGAUGAAUUCCUUCAACAUUUCACAUUGCAUGUUAACAACUUUUCUCCACCGCUGUCAAAGUAUGUUUUUGUUGAAAGUCUUCAUAUAUAUUUGGGUAAAGGGGUCAGUGGGUUUAUAUUUAAUGUUUUUAUGACGUUUGGUUGUCAGGUGGUUUGGACAACAUCUGCUCAAUUUACAGUCUAAAAACAAGAGAAGGAAAUGUUAGAGUCAGUCGAGAGUUACCGGGACAUACAGGUAUGCAGUGUCACCAUAAAGGUGGAAAAGUUUAUACUGUGAAUGUUAAGACAACCACUUUCAUAUGGCCCUGGAGUUUCACCGCGUUUUUGUACUAAUAUUUCUGUUUUCUCAUUUUAUAGGAUACUUGUCAUGUUGUCGUUUUACGGAUGACAAUCAGAUUCUUACUAGUUCUGGAGAUAUGACCUGGUAUGUUGGUUUAUGCUACAUGAAGAUAGUAGUAUUGUAUUGGGAAUCAGCUGAGAUUAAAUGAUCAAUUAUCCAAAAUAAUCAGAUUGACCCAGAUGAUCAGUCAUUGAUUAUAGUCGGAGAUAUCUCUUGUAACAUUUCCCUACAUUUUUCUUUUAUGUGCAAGUUGAAGAAAUAUAAACUUUUGAGAUAUUUUAACUGAAGGCUUCUUUUUUUCUGACAAUCAUUUUGUGGAUGAGACAAAACUCUUUCAAGUCAAUAAAGGGAAUCGAGCAUGGCUGCCGCACCUUGUUGUAGAACAAGAGGAAAACAAGAAAUGUAUCAGAAAAGGGUCAUGGAUGGAUUAUUGCUACAUGAUGAGUCCAUCUGUUAUUUGUUGUCAAUUUUUUAUUGUUCUUCCCCAAUAAUCGAUUUAAGAAUUUGCAUAAUUGCAUCACUCAAGGUUUUUGAUUGAUGGUCGAUCAUAAUCAAUGAUCAACACAUCAAUAGAUGAUAGAGUCGGAGAAAAGUUAAAGAUACUCUUGUAAUGGCUCUGUCCAAGGCUGUGCUCCAAGGAAAAUUGAAAGAAGCCCAGUGCCCUGAAACUGUAAAAUCUAGGGUGUCCAUCAUAAUUAUGAUUUGGAUGAAAAAACUAAGAUUUUCUAGUUGCUUGAGAGCAAAAGCUGGGUGCUAAAGGUCAUGCCGUUACUUUGCAACACCAGAGAGCUAUUCCCAUAAGGUGGCUACAGUUACUGAAAGAGGAGCCAACCACUAUUUGGGAUUUUAACAAUGGUAUCAAUGAUAUAUAAAAAGUAAGGUAGGGAUUGAUAUGCAGUUUUUAUAUUUCUUAAGCUUGUUUCCACAUAAGGACCUUGGUUUCUCAGAUUGUGAAAACUGCUAUGAUCCAUACACUCAUUAUAGGCUGUGGAACUCAGCUAGCCUAUAAUGUUGACUGUGUUGUUUGUUAUGAUGAUAAAGGUGAUAUUUGUAGUGAUUUGUCACAAUAACAGAUCUAUUCUUUUUUGUCUUUAGUGCACUUUGGGAUAUUGAAACUGGACAACAAACCACGACAUUCAGUGGACACACUGGAGAUGUAAUGAGUCUAUCAUUGUCCCCCGACAGCAAGUCUUUUGUAUCAGGAGCCUGUGAUGCCUCAGCAAAGGUAUUAACCUUGACACCUUUAUGGAUACACCAUAUAUAAGCCUUACGACAUGGGGGUCAGGUUGUUAUGUGCUUUUACUGAAGGGAUGAAUCUAUUUGCGUUUAUCUCUUUACUCUUGUUAAUCUGUUGUUAUGGGUAAUGCUACCACUUCUAGGAAAUUUUGGGGGAGUUUUGUUCUUUAACUCUGGGAGAUAUACAUUAACAUUGCUUUCCUGUUCUUUAGCUGUGGAGUAUACAAGAUGGUAUCUGUAAGCAAACUUUUACUGGACAUGAAUCAGACAUCAAUGCAGUAGCAGUAAGUAUUCAGAACAUUUUUUCAUAAGAGUCCUGAAGAUUCACUUUUUGUCUCAGCUGUGCAUGAUGUCAUGUUUGUGUAUGAAGCUUGUCUUCUUUAGCAUUCUUGCUGAUUUUCUAUUGUGUUUUUAGUACUUCCCCAAUGGAUCAGCUUUUGCAACAGGAUCUGAUGAUGCCACAUGUAGACUGUUUGACGUCCGUGCUGAUCAGGUGAGGCUACACUUUUAGUUAAGUUCUCUUCCAUCAGCGUGCAAUGAAAGUGGUGUCCAAAGCCCGGAGCAAGUGGAUUUUGCUAUCAGGCUGAGGAUUCAAAUUGCAUAAGAACUGCAAUCAGACCGGCUUGUCAGAAAGGCAAACUGUGACUCAGACUUUCUUUGCACCAAGACUGCAUUGCACAUGUAAUUUAAUUUGGUUAGUACAUUCUGUAUCAUCUGUGAAGCAACGCUGAUAUCCUUGUUCUGUUGUGGGCCCCCAGUUGAUUGAACAAAUUACCAGAGGUGUGUUUCGAAUUUCUCUUCAUCUUGAUUGGCAAAUUGAGAGUGGCUUUUUAACAGGCCAAUCUUGGUGCGUACUCAAAUCCUGGUACAUAGGUGAGGGCCCAGAACAAAGAUUUCACAGACAGAUAUAACCAGAGUUUGGUUUCAUCUAUGACGCAGGCUAUUUUGCGCCCUGCCUUUUGUGCAGUAUGUAUCGUCAAUUGGAAUGAGUCAGUCUCCUACAUAGACGUUUGGUAAUCUUGAAGUACUUCAUCUGUUUCUAAUCCACUGUGCUUUGUUUUGUUUUGUCAAAAACAGGAGCUCAUGGUGUAUGCCCAUGACAAUAUUAUCUGUGGAAUUACCUCAGUGGCUUUCUCCAAGAGUGGCCGUCUGCUGUUAGCAGGUUAUGAUGAUUUCAACUGCAAUGUGUGGGACACAUUGAAAGGAGAGAGAGCCGGAGUAUUAGCAGGACAUGACAACCGUGUCAGUUGUCUGGGUGUCACUGAAGAUGGCAUGGCUGUUUCCACAGGAAGCUGGGAUAGUUUCUUGAAGAUAUGGAACUGAUCUUGGUGAACCCCCCCUCCUCCCCUCCCUACUUCUAAGAGCAAAGUUUUAGUGUUUAUAUUUUAUAUAUUGCGAUAUAAGUUGUGGUUUUCAUUGGAUGGUGCAA